AUAGGUACACUCCUUUACCUGGACUCACAUAAUUGGUACGGUAUUGCCCUCCACUCCCUCAUACAGCCAACUGUCAUAUCGUGGAUAAGAAAAAGCAUAUGAAAUAUAAUAAAAAGUUCAUUUUUUAUCAGCGUUUUGUUGGUCUGUAAUAAACGCGAGAAACAAAUUUGACGAAAAGUUUUUGUUGUGCGAGAAAAUAGUUGAAAAUAUUCUGCGAAUAAUAGUCAUAAACAUAAGUCUAAUGAUGAAUGACAUAAACAAAUGGUUUUACUCGUUAACACUGAACGAGUUGCACCAGUAUAUCAUGAAACUGGAGGUCGAGAACGAGAAGUUGGUGAAAGAGUUGGACACAUCGAGCAAACUGAACAGAAUCCUCGAGAAUAUCGCCAAAAGUACGCAAACGGGGUAUUCCCUACUCAGGAGAAUCGAGAUCAACAAGAAUUGCGAGUGUAAUGAACACAUGAACCAAUCGCUCCGGAAGUCACUCAACGAGUCCAUCAAUGACACCAAUCUUCUACUCAAACACUUCCAGAUGAUAUACGCCAUGAAAGGGCAGCCUAUGGAUGAGUGCGAGCCCUCGUCCCACACACCCCCUGUCGACCCCCCAGUGGUUGACAUAUCGGAUGACCACUCGACUCAGUCACCGGUGCCCUUAUGUAUCAGGAAUUCAGUGGAGGAUAAGGACUCGUCGACGUCGAGUACAUCCCCUCACAGUUCGGGCUACGAGUCCAACGACUACAGCGCCGACAGAUCCACACACAGAAUACAGGACUUUGUAUUCCACCGCAACUAUAGCACCGGUACUAUCAUUAAACAGGAAUCUCAUUCGCCGACAGCAAACAUGUUGUCCACCACUACCUCCUCGGUGUCCGUCAUCGACGAAGACAUGCCUCAGAAUCUAUCGAAACGGAAGAGCCCUGAAGUGUUUAGUCCAGCGGUGGUACAGACGACGCCGAUUGUCCAGACCUGUCAGCGCAGCACAAGUAGGACCAGUCCUCCCAAGACACACAUAUCGCUGUCAACAGCCGGUGCUGUGGUGGCCAUCGAUGGGAUGCAACACUUGCCCAACAAAUGCAGUGAAUGCGACCUCAGCUUUAAUCUGAAGCCUAGUCUUGACCAGCAUUUGUUGACACACGUCAGCCCAACAUUUACGGUUCAAAGGGCAGGCAGAGGAAGACCGGCGAAAAACGACUCGCGAGUACUGCGAGUGACGGACUCCGACCUAAACAUCCUCCGUAUGAACGAUGCGUUUGGGAAACUGCCGGAAGGACUCAUCAGUUUGUCGGCGUUGGAGGAGCUGAGGCGCCAUAAAUUCACGGGCUUUGGCAGAUACCGGUGCCCGUGGCCCGACUGCGGCUAUACCCCGCACUUCCUGCGCGAUUUGCGUCGACAUAUGUUUAAACACACCGGCGAUAAG